AUGGCGGGACUGCUGACCAUAGGGAUUUCCUCAACGAAGCAUCCCCAAAGGAGCUACCUCUUGGACACCCUGGAGUCUCUCUUUUAUUCUUCCUCCUUAUCUGAGCAGAAACACUUCAUUGUUCUGGUACACUUGGCAGAUCCUGAUCCCAUGUGGCGUGGUCAAAUGAUCUCCAAUAUCUCAACCAUCUUUAAGCUAUAUAUCCAGGCCAGCCAGCUAGUAGUGAUUAACACGCCUCUUAAAAGCUAUCUUCCCUUGAAGAGCCUUAAGAGAAACUUUAAUGACACUCCUGCCUAUUUAGCCUUCCAUUCCAAGAGGAAUAUGGAUUAUGCCUUCCUCAUGAACUUUGCUACCAACCACUCUGACUAUUUCUUGAUGAUUGAAGAUGAUGUGAAAUGUGUCCCUGGAUUUGUCACCCAGAUAGCUACUACAGUGUCUGCCUGGGAAAACAAACCUUGGGUGACUCUGGAAUUCUCUCCAUUGGGCUUCACUGGAAAACUCUUUCGUACUAAAGACCUCCCUUGUUUUGUUAAUUUCCUUCUUCUCUUCUAUCAAGAAAUGCCCUGUGACUCCCUCCUCUCCCAUUUUCAUGAUCUUCUCAUGCAGCAAACACCAGUCCAGUUCCUCCCUUCCCUCUUCCAGCACAUGGGCAAUUACUCCUCCUUUGAAGGCAAAUUCAAUAAUCUCAAAGAUAAAGAGUUUGAAGAGGAUGACAUUAGUUCUCCCAACAACCCUGCUGCCUCCAUCUACACUAGCCUGAAGGAUACCAAUGACUCUGUUCCUAUGAAUGCCUAUAGCUUGAAUAAGAAUUUCUUUUAUGCCAAGUCAGCUGAGGCUGGAAGCCAUCUGACUGUGGUUUUGGACUCACCUGCUAAAGUGUUCCGAGUUCAAGUGUUGACUGGCUCUGACCUAAAAGGUGAGAAUCAGCUGAAAGAAGGACAAAUAGAACUUGGCUAUGAUUUUAAUGAUCAGAUCAAUGACUGUGAUGACUAUAUUCUGCUGGGACUACUGGUAAACGGCAUCCUAAAUAAGCAAGUAUUAUCUAACAAGUCUGGGAAGAAGGUCAGAACAGUACUGCCUAUGAGGAAUCAGGAUGCAGGAGUGUGUCUGAGGAGACUGGUUGCCAUACUGGCGUCACCUGGUCGAGGGCACCUUGCACCUACAACAGGCCCCAGCUCAGAAGUUGCCGGUCUCCCCCUUGCUUCAGAAAUUCCAAAGCGGGAGCUAAGCUAG